UUUGAUAAACCAAAAUAAAUAACGCUUUUGGCUUGGAAUCCUCGAACAUUUGCAAACGCUAGAAGUAGUAAUUUCUUGCCCAACUCCAAGAAAGAAAACUUGAAAGGAAAGUUGAGCACAAAUUCUAUUUGAUUCUCGAUCUGGUAAGAUGAAUCUUGUUGACGAGGAAACAAUGAAGAAUCAUCCCAAGAUUUCCGUUGCUUUACACCAACUUAGCUUAUUCAUGGAGAUUUCCUGCAAAUUUUCCCAACUGAUUUAUACUGUUGAAAUGUUCCAAUUCUUUUUUGGAAAGAGAACAACUUUUCUGCAAUUUCAUCUUUCGCGAAAAAGGGUUUUGUUGAGAAAUGACCACAUUGCUUCAUGGGGUUCUCCAUGCCAAAAUACAUGAGAUUGAUAGAUUGCAUUUGGGUUGUGGGUUGCCCUUAUUUAGACAGAGUUUUGAUGAUCCAAGAAGGGUAUGGAGAACAUUAUUAUACCGAGCCAAAGGAUGUUGCGCGUGCAGUCCUCAGCUUGCAGGUUUUAGAUUAUAUGCCACAAUUGAUCUGGAUAAUGCAAGAGUUGCUCGAACAAAAAUCAUUCAUACACCUUCAAGGCCUCACUGGUCUCAGUCCUUUCGUGUUUAUUGUGCUCAUGAAGUGUCAAAAAUUAUAUUUACUGUCAAGGACGAAAAUCCUGUUAGUGCAACUUUGAUAGGAAGAGCUUAUUUACCUGUUAAGGAAGUCAUUCAAGGCCGUCCAUUAGACAGAUGGCUUGAAAUAUUCGAUGAGAGUGGUAAUUCCAUACGAUCACAGAUCCAUGUCAGUGUACAGUUUUCAGAUGUAACUCGAGAUCCAAACUGGUCUCGAGGCAUCCAAAAUCCAAAAUAUGGAGGAGUUCCUUUCACGUUCUUCAGACAGAGACAGGGUUGUAAAGUCUCGCUCUAUCAAGAUGUACAUGUUUCUGACAAUUUCACCCCUGAGUUUAGGCUUUCUGGGGGUAAGACUUAUGAGGCAAAACGAUGUUGGGAAGAUAUAUUUGAUGCUAUUGUUAAUGCAAAGUACCUGAUUUACAUAGCUGGGUGGUCUAUUGACACUAAGAUUACCUUAAUAAGGGACCCUCUUAGGCAAAAGGGAGGGGAACUUGGUCACCUUCCUCUAGGUGAACUUCUCAAGAAGAAAUCUGAUGAGACAGGCAUGAGAGUUCUUGUUCUUGUUUGGGAUGAUAUAACUUCAGAACCGUAUAAUAAACAAGGGUUAAUGGGAACCCAUGAUGAAGACACUGUUGCUUAUUUUCGGAACACAAAUGUACGUUGUUUUAAGUGUCCCAGGAAGUCUGGCCAUGGAUUAAGCGUGAUCCGAGGUGUUCAGGUUGAUGCUAUGCUUACACACCAUCAGAAGACAAUAGUGGUAGAUUGUGAUAGCCCUGGAUCACAAAAGAGGAUACUUGCGAGUUUCGUUGGAGGUAUUGAUCUUUGUGAUGGAAGAUAUGAUACACAAGAUCAUUCUCUUUUUAGGACAUUAAAUACAUUUCAUAAGGAGGAUUUCCAUCAGCCUAAUUUUGUAGGAUCUUCAAUGAAAAAAGGUGGUCCAAGAGAGCCAUGGCAUGAUAUCCACUGCAGACUAGAAGGACCUGUUGCAUGGGAUGUGUUAUAUAACUUCGAGCAAAGGUGGAAUAAGCAAGUGGGGAAGAGGUUCCUGCAAAUGGGAAAGCGGUUCCUAUAUACGCCAGAUGAGCUUAAAGAAAGAAUAGCCAAACCUUUUGAAGUAAUGACAACAGCAGCAGAAGAACAGGAAACAUGGAAUGUUCAGAUAUUCAGAUCUAUUGAUGGAGGUUCAGUUGUAGUUGAUGGUGAACCAGGGAUAGGCUUCCCAUCAGACCCGAAUAAAGCAGCUCAGGUUGGCCUUAUUUGUGACAGGGGUAACAUCAUAGAUCGUAGUAUUCAAGAUGGAUAUAUAAAUGCCAUCAGACGAGCAAAAAACUUUAUUUACAUUGAAAAUCAAUACUUUCUUGGAAGUUCUUAUGCCUGGAAACCCGUGGAAGAUAUUGAUGCCUUGCAUAUCAUACCGAAAGAGUUGUCAUUGAAGAUCAUCAGCAAGAUUGAAGCUGGUGAAAGAUUUUCUGUUUAUGUUGUAAUUCCUAUGUGGCCUGAAGGAGAACCUGAAAGUGGUGCUGUACAGGCAAUACUGUAUUGGCAGAGGAGGACAAUGGAAAUGAUGUAUGUUGAAAUUGCUAAUGCAAUACAACGCAUGAAUCUCAACGCACACCCAAGGGAUUACUUAUCGUUUUUCUGUCUUGGUAAUCGUGAGGUUUUGAAACCUGGGGAAGAUGCACCUACAGAGAAGCCAGUGCCUGAUUCUGACUAUAGCAAAGCUCAACACAAUCGGCGUUUCAUGAUAUAUGUUCAUGCUAAAAUGAUGAUAGUUGAUGAUGAAUACAUCAUUAUUGGGUCUGCAAAUAUAAACCAGCGAUCGAUGGAUGGAGGAAGAGACACUGAGAUAGCAAUGGGAGGCUACCAGCCUCAUCAUUUAGCAGCAGGGCAACCAGCAAAAGGGCAGAUAUUUGGUUUUAGAAUGGCACUGUGGUAUGAGCACCUUCGCCAAAUUCAUGGAUCGUUUCUGUACCCAGAGACACUGGAAUGCAUGCAAAUCGUGAACAAAUUUUCCGAAGAUCAUUGGAAAAUAUAUUCUAGUGAAGCUUUCGAUCAAGACUUGCCUGGUCACCUCCUUCGUUAUCCUAUCGAAGUCACAAGUUUUGGAAAUGUUACCGCACUUUCUGAAGCUGAAAAGUUCUUCCCUGACACCAAAGCUCCUGUUCUUGGGACUAAGUCUGACCUGCUUCCUCCAAUACUCACCACUUAGUAACAUUCUUAUUCCGAUACAAGAUUUACAAGCCAAAAGGGAUGAUACUACACAUCAGAAGAUCUAGCAUUUUACUAUCAUCUUGCUGGUUAUUAUCUCUUGCUGAAGGAAGCAUCAGUCACUGAGCAGCCGAGCAGCGGAAGCAUAGGGCUGCUAUGUUUGAAGACCAGAACUGCCAAAAGCCGGGAUGAAGGAAAAGAACGCGAACUUUCAGGGAUUUUGUAUUUUGGGGUGUGGAGGAUACAAAAUGAAGAAAACUUAACUGUACAUAAAAAUAGAUAUUAGCAAAGGUUUCAUGUAAUUCUUUCAAGAAAUGUUCAUAAAAUUCUUUAUAGAAACAAACAUUCAGCCUUUUCUGACUAUUUGGAGAAGCUAUUUCUGUUUAUUUUAA